UACACGAUUGUCGAUACACAUCGCAAAUACGACGACCACGACGAGUAGUAUGUACCCUUGGUACCGGGAGAGCGUCGCCGCGGCGGCAGCCGCGGGUCUCGGCGGCCCGGUCGGCGUCGUUGGAUCCGGAUUCUGUUCAGCAGCACCGGGACAAGGUGCCGCUACCAUUAAGACCGAGAGCGGAUAUUCCGACUGCAUGCUGGCCCUGGAUUACGUGCAGAGCAAGUAUCCUGGCAACGUGUACUUUCAGAAAGCUUCCUUCGCGUGGUCCGAAGGAGGCGAAGAAGGUGGAGGAGGUGGUGGAGGCGGGGGUGGCGGAGGUGGUGGUCCGGGUACAGGUGGUACCGGAAACAAUGGCGGUGGUGGAACGGCGACGAGCGGGGGUGGCGGUCUUGCCCAUUGGGUCAGUGUUAUGGCCGAGCACAUUCACAACCCCCACACGGCUGGUGGUGUUGGCAAUGUUCAUCAUCAACAACAAUCACCGCCGCAGCCUCCGUAUCCCUGGAACAACGGAUUGUCCAGUGACCAAUGCAAUCCCCACGAGAAGGAUACGGACUACUGGGGCACGGGGCGAGGGGCGAAACAGGGCUACGAGCAUUUUUUGUUGCAGGCCAAGAUGAACGCUGACCACGGACAGUUGCAAAAAGGAGAAGAACAAUAUCGAGGAGCAGGUGGAAGCAGCAGCGGCAGCCCUCCAGCGAGUUUGCUCGUCGUGCCGCAACCCCUAACCGUCAAACCGUCCCACCCCUCGCAUUUAAAUCCUCAUCUCGGAGGACCCCAUUCGCAUCCGCCGAGAAAGUACCAGUGCAAAAUGUGUCCGCAGAUAUUCGGUAGCAAAGCUGAUCUCCAAUUGCACACGCAGAUACACAUGCGAGAAGCAAAGCCGUACAAAUGUACGCAGUGCUCAAAGGCGUUCGCGAAUUCGUCGUAUCUGUCGCAGCACACGAGAAUUCAUCUUGGUAUAAAGCCUUAUCGAUGCGAGAUAUGCCAGCGCAAGUUCACCCAGCUAAGUCAUCUGCAGCAGCACAUACGCACGCACACGGGUGACAAGCCUUACAAAUGUCGUCAUCCCGGCUGUACCAAGGCGUUCAGUCAGCUGAGCAAUCUACAGAGUCACUCGCGCUGUCAUCAAACCGACAAGCCGUACAAGUGCAAUUCGUGUUACAAGUGUUUCUCGGACGAGCCGAGUCUCCUCGAGCACAUACCCAAGCACAAAGAGUCGAAGCAUCUUAAGACGCACAUAUGCCAGUAUUGCGGCAAAAGUUAUACCCAGGAGACUUACCUGGCGAAGCACAUGCAGAAGCACGCCGAGCGCACGGACAAGAGACCCCCGAUUAUCGGGACGGGCCUGAGGCCCGCGAUACACGCCAUGUCUCAUCACCAGGAUCAUUACUGGCCGAAAGUCAGUCCGGAUUCGAUGAUGAGCGAACUCCACGAGAGACUGCCGCAUCACCAUACCGAGUAUCAUCAGAAUCAGAACACGGAAAUGCUCCUGCCACCGCCCCACGGAGCCGGCGGAGGUGCCAACGGGCCUGGGGGAGGAGGUGGAGGAGGGGGCGGCGGCGGGGGCGCCGGAAACAACGGCAACGGAGGUGGACCAGGCGGCAACGGAGGUGGACACAACAACAGGGACUCGAUCGAAAACGACUCGAGGCAACAAACCCCCCAACCCGGUAGCAAUCAUCAUCCGAACAGCAGUUCUGCGUUCACUCCCAUAUCAUCGAUAUCCAUAAACUCGAUAUCCUCGAUGCAGCAUCCCCUCAAUCCCCUCAAUCAUCUGCACUACCCUGGAAGUCAUCAUCCGGCCUCGAGGCCCUAUCUCUACGAGGCUUUCAACACCCAAAAAUCAUCGCCGACGUCCUCAUCGGUCGCAGGUGUCACACCCGGUGCUCCGACCAAUCAGAACCCAACGUCGUUCCCCAAUCAGCUGAUAAGCCUUCAUCAGAUAAGAAAUUACGCGCAUCAACCGAACCUCGGUAAUCUUGGUAAUCUUGGGAAUCUCAGCAAUCUCAGUAACUUGGGCAACCUCAGCGCAAGCAUGGAGGGACACGCGCUCCUCGGUGGACUCAAGGACAAACAGUAACUGUAGCUUAACUUUAGGUACUAAAGAACAAGAAUAUAAGAAAGAAAGAAACGUCAGUGUUGUGUGGCGAGACCCGUGCCCCCGAUCACAGAGAUGCGCCGGCUUGCGGGGAGGACGUACUUCGAACUCGUCUUUUCUUUUCUUUUCUUCACUUCACUCUCGCUCCCAACAGCCAACCAAGACUUGCCACUAUUCGAGAGCAACAUGACUAAUAAACUAUUUCCUACCGGCCCCUGCGCUGCUCACCGGACCACCAGAAAUCCUGCCCCUGCAUUCUUCUCAUUCUUCAUCUUCUUUCGCUCUUUUCGUCUUCAUGCUUCUCAGAGCCCAACGGGUGUGUUUCCGUGUCUCCGUGUGCAUUCGCGUUUUAUCACCGUUUCGUGAAAACAUUCGUUCGAUGUUGAAAGGAUUCAGGCAUUUUCGAAAUUCGCGUUCCCCGACGAUAUCGUUAAGCGCGUUGCUUCAUUGGACGAGUGAGUUUCCAAUUUUCGUAGUUACAACUUUUCCUCGCUUCACGGCCGUCUCAUUAUCUUAUUUAUACGGGAAUAUUUUUCGGUCUCGUAUUUUUCCUCUUGUUGAAAAAUAUAAGUGAUCGAUAGAUUUCGCGCCGCGGCCUCGUCGCGCACGACGACCGCCACAAUCCCGUUGAGCUACCGAGCUAAACUUUUCUUCCGUUACACAUUCCUGCAUCGAACGAAAUCGUCACUGGCUUCGAUGUUACUGAAUUUUAUACAUUUUUUUCUUCUUACUUUUAUUGCACGAAUUCGUCGGGGGCCACAUCGGGAUUCGACCAGAAGAGUCGUUUGAAUAGUCAAAGCGAGUUUAAAAACUUGAAGGAAAAUAAAAUUAAUGUGCUGCGCACAUUUUUUCAUUACUUCGGGACAAUCCUUUCGCGAUAUUUCAAUCGUUUCUUACACACGCGCCUCAAAUAUUCUCGCUGCCCAUAAAGACGUUGUUGUUUUUCUAAAAAAUAAUAACAAUCGUGAGAAUCUCCCCGAACGAGCAUUAUCACUUCGAUUCCUUCUUUCCUUCUUCAUUUUUUCAUACUGAUUUUUCAUAUGUUAUUCACGAAAGUUUGACGCGACGGUUACAUUCAGGGCACAAAUCGCGACAUAAUGUAUUUACGAGUGAGAGAGCAAGAGAUUAAUGCAGAGAGAGAGAGAGAGAGAGAGAGGGAAAGAGAGAACAAGAGAGAGGGAAUAACGAAAGUUAAUGUAAGCGGCGAACGUGAGAAUAGUAGAGUAGGUUUGAUCAUGCCACACGCAAACGAGAAAAAGCAUUGAAAGACACAUCUACACACACGCGCGUGCGCGCACACACGAACACAAACACAAACACGAGGUAGAUGAUCGAGUUGGACAGAUAAAAGAGCGAAACAUUAUUGAGUGGUAUGGUAACGACCUCCUGUACAUAACUAUUAUAUAAAUAUAUAAAUAAAUAUUAUUAUUAUUAUUAUUAUUAUAUUAAUAUUAUUAAUUAAUAUUUGGUAGGUGUAUAAGGUGGAUAAAAUAGAUUUACGAAAAAAAAAAUAUAUAUAUAUAUAUUCUACGUACCUUGUCCGAAACGAGAUGAAAAAAAAAGAGAGAAAGAGAGAGUGGAGGAAAAAUGGGUUAAACUGUCCAGACUGUUUCUUUUUGUUUUCUGUGAAAUUGGGAUAAAAAAGUUGCGUGAACGAGAAUAAACAUAACGGUUGAGCGUAAAAUGUAAACCUGAUGAAUUUUGUCGCGUAAGAUUCAAUUUCGAGAAGGAUGAAAGUUUUAUUAAAACGCUGUAUACGUCGAUGGAAAAAAAUGAUCGAUGAUCACUGUUGUUCGGUGUUCGGUUCAAUAUGUAUUUUUUUUUCGCUCUUUCACAGCUGUUCUCAUGGCAUAUCGCGUCGUAUUAUUUUAUUUAUUUUUUCAGAGGGUCGGGGGUUUUUUCUUCGUUUUUCGUAGGCGAAACAUUCGCGAAUCUUGCUCGAAAUUGAAACGCGCGGGUAAAAUUCGUCAGACGAGAGAAUUCUCGAGCUCGAGAAAAAAAAAUCGUUCGGGAGAGACGCACGAGCGCGCGAAUCGUCGAGAGCGAGAGAAAGAGAAAGGAAAAAAAGCGUAAAAUAUAAAUAUAAGAAAUGUAAAUGUAUUCGAGACGUGAGAAGGAAAAAUUAAUAAAAAAAAAAUGUGUACAGACCGACUUCGGCAGCGACGAAGCAAAUAUAUUACAGUCGAGACGAUCGGAUUAUUAAGAAAAUUAUGAAAAAUCAUAAUUCAUUGAAGAAGAAAUAAAUAAUUCGAUGGGAAUAAAGAGGCAGCAAAAAUAUGAAGAAAGGACGAAAGUGAAAAGGACACUGUGUAGAUAAUUUCUUGUUAUGGCGAAUGCGGGAAUCGGGAGGAACGUGAACCACGAAAGAUAUAGAACAAAUACACGGGGCAGGGGGGGGGGGCAGUUUCGUUUGUUUACAUUUUUGUUUCUACGAACGAUUCGUUAUUAUUAUUAUUACUAUUAUUAUUAUCAUUAUUAUCGUAUGGAAACGUGCUGCUCGACAUCGACGUAUAAGCACAAAAUAUCUUUAUUUUAUCAUACCCAAAAUUCUCGUUCUUAUUAUCGAAAUUUUGUCGGAUAUCUCGAAUCAUUCUAACGUUAUUCGUGAAAGAAGAUAAAAACUCAUUUGAAAUAUCAUAUUUUUGUUGAAUAAAAAUAGAUAAUAACAUUGAAAAAAAAAGAAUAAAAAAAAAAUGGCAAUUGCAAAAUAAAGAAAUAAAUCGGAGACAAGUUUUAUCGUUUAAACGAUUUAUUACAGUUUUUUUAUUGUAAGCAAUCAACUUUUCAUUCCGAGAUUGAGGAAAGAGGAAAAAAAGGAAUGAAAAAAAAAAAAAUAAAAAUCCACUGAGAAUUAACGAGAACGAAAAAAAUCGUACGUUCCGCACACAGGACAAUUGUUAACAACAUUUUUUUAUGAUUAUUUGCGAUCGAGCGUAAAAACAAGACGUUUCCUCGUUUAGUAGGGUAACGAAAAAUGGAUAUUUUAAAGGGUACAUUUAAAGUGAAUAUUUAACAGAAAAUAAUCUCAUUGAAGAGAAUUAUGAGAAUUAGGGAAAAAUUGAAUAAUUUAUGGAAAGAGAAGAAAAUGAAGAAAACGAAAAAAAAUAAACAAUUCCCUCAACCUUUGCGCGGAUUGAUUUCCUCGCGAUGCUCGCACGCCUCACCUGUGCUCAAAUUCUUUAAUUAUUAAUUUGUUAUUAGGAAAGUAUGGUAUUCUACAAUUAUUACGAAAUAUUGUAUAUCGUCAACACACACCCACAUAAAUACAUAAACACACAAACAAUAUGAAAAAGGAAAGAAGAAAAAACAACAUCAUUCGACAGACAGACGCGCAGACACGCGAAACAGAUUGCUCUUUGGGUUUCCUAAAAGAUUGUUGCGCCCGGUCGCGCGUACGAGAGCGAGAGAGAAAGAGAGAGUGAGAGUGAGCGAACGAGUGAGAAUUCGAAAAGACACACAACAAAACAAAAACAAAUAAAUAAAAGCAAAGUGACGUAUGCGUGUGACGAGCGUGAGCAAAGAAAACUGCGAGAUAAAGUGUGAAAGAUUUUGAAUGUUCGUCGCAAAAAGGACUGGAUAAACAAGCGAGACAAAAAAAAUUAUAUAUAUAUAUAUAUAUAUAUAUAUGAGUAUAUAUAAAAAAAAUAUGAGAUAGGAAAACAAACUGAAAAAUAAAACAAUUGCGAUAGAAUUUCGUUAGGCCGAUAACGAGAGGGGAGGGGGGAAAACCAGGGACCUCGCGCUUUAAUAUGUGAUUUAUUUUUCUUCUUUAUUAUGCUAUUUCUCUUCUCAUUUCUUUCUGUUUCCUCUUUUACAUCUCUAUCCUUAGUUUCAAUGAUUAUUAUUAUUAUAAUAAUUAUAAUUUUCGUUUAAUAAAAAUAAUAUCCCGUUUAGAAGGAACAAUUGAGAAAAUAAAAUGAAAGAAAAGCGUUUUGUAUAAUUUGUUGAUUACCACUAACGAUUAAUCCCAAUUCCGAUAAUCAACAACAACAACAGCAACAACAACAACAACAACAACAGCAAAUAUGUUGAUGAAAAGUAAAAAUUGCAUCCUCAGUCUUUUGACAUAAUAAUGUGUGCAAUGAGACGAAAACAAAGAAAAAUAACUGGUUCGGAACAGGAAUGAGGGCGCGAAACAAUUGUCAAAGCAAAUGUAGGUACGAAAAAUAAUAAUAAUAAUAAUAAUAAUAUUUAUAAUAAUUAUGAUAAUGAUAGUUAUAUCGCGCGGUACGAGAACAGAACUGUGAUAUUUUACUGUGUAAAUUAUUGAUGAAACAACAAAACAAAACAAAAAACAAAGAAAAAAAACAAAAGAUAGAAAUUGAAAAAAAAAAAACAAAAACAAAAACAAGCGCGAAAAACGAAGUGACACGAAGGAACAUAGAGAAUAUGAGAAAAAAUUUAAUUACGGGAGGGUGGAGGGCGUAAAAUAUUAAUGUUAGUCACAGAUUUAAGCGUAUUUUACAUUGGCGAUUCGCCAAUUUUAUCCAUUCUGGAAUAAUCGUUGUAGGUAACAAAAGAAAAGUGAGCAUCAUCGCUCCGGAAGAAAGAAAAAUAGCUGCGGAUAAAACAUUGAAAUAAAAGGGAACGUUCCUACUUGAACGUCGAAUCUUGGUCCAUUCAACGGGAACGAAAAGAGGAUGCUCGGGGACGAAAAAAAAUAAAGAAAAAGUAAUGAUACGAAAGUUCUCGGUGUGCGUGCGUGUGUGUUCGUUUUUUAUCGUUUUUCCGUUUGUAUAUACGAGAUAUUUAGUAAAUAAAUGUUUCCACGAGAAAAUCUCACCCCCCAACGUGUUUGAACGAAAUCGAUCUCGAAAAUAGAAAGAAAAAAACAAUGGAGAACGGAGAGGGAGAAUUGUUAUCGAAUUUUUGACAGUUACAACAAUGUCGUCCAAUUAAACUCAGUUUUGAUGCACGUGAAUAGAAAUUCAACUCCAUUUUCGUAAUAUCGAUUUUUCGGUUUUACGUUUCGCAUUGAUAUACAUUUUUUUUUUUUUUUUUUUUUUAAUUAACUACAUUUUUCGUAAAAUAUUAUUUUUCACCCAGUCUGUGCAAGUUGAAUAUUCGUUAUAAUCUCCUGGCAUGGGAGAAAACAUUAGCUCGUAAGUAUUAAAAAAAUCAGAGAAAAAGAAAUGACGGGAAUUGGAAGCGAACGAGAUAGAAAAGUUUUGAGAAAUGUAGAAAAACUCUCGAAAUUCAUCCAACUAUACUGAAACGGGGAAGCGAAUUCGACAUUUUUUUCUUUUUCAUUGUAAAUCACGCUUUUUCUCAGAAUAAAUAUAAUUUACAGCUAAAUUCUCAUUAUACUCAAUAAAACUUCUCGAGUCACGUUGAUAUUAGCAGGAAAAAGGAAAAACCUCGUUCGCUUGCUUGGUACCAAAAUUCCUCGCCCAAAAACGUCGCCGUACAACGACGCGAAUCCAUAAGAAUAUUUUCAACGAGAUUAAAAAUAAAUACGCGCAAGAGAGUGAGUGAUUUGAUUAAUGCACGAGACUCGUACGUAUGAAAGUGUAAUAAACGAAUCGUAAAAAUCGUAUGCACGUUACACUUAUUCGACGAACGAAUGUGAGACAAUUGAACCACGGAAAUGAACUAUUGUUAGGCAUUAUAUAUUAAAGUAGAAAAAGAGAUAAGAUAGAGUUAUUGAACAAAAAAAUAUAUAUAUAUAUAUAUUAAAAGCAAACGAGCGAUACGAUCUUGCUUCAAAGUUUCAUCGAUCGACAAAAAUGCUGUUUUUAAAGCACACGUAUAAUUGAAUUUAUUUAGACACGCAAUUAUGACGGAAUUCUGUCGGGAAAAACGAGAUUUAUCCUUUGCAUUUUUCCCUCACCUGUGCGAACGAUGUUGAUUCAAUUGAUUCUUUGUUGAAAGUUAUAAAUUAAGUAGAAUAAGAGAAAAAAAUUGAGAGAUAAUGAUAAACUCGUAAUGCAAGAUCGAACGCCCGUUUCUUAAAUCGUAAAAUCUAUGGUUAAAAGUAAUCCAAGUAAUUAUUCCUAAACGAAAUUCUGAAUGUCGUUUUAAUCUUUGCCACCUUUUCCGAGCCUUCAGAACAAACUUUCCGUUCAAAAGAUGUAUUUCACAAUGUUUCAUUAUUGUUUUUCAAUGUCCCAAUUAAAACACAACGAAAAAAGUGCCCAGACGUUCGGUUACGUAUGGUUUGUUUGAUUGUCACUCCUUCGAUUGUUCUCGACCUUUGUUGAAUCAUAUAUAUAAUUGAAAAAAAAAAAAAAAAAACAACUCCCCGAGACCCGCGCGAUUUACCGGGCAAAGCCGUCACCGAUGACUAUUUUCGUCUCGUUGACACAACUAACUGUUCGUCCUUUUUAUCAACAAAUAUAACAAAAAAAACUUACGUCUUAAA